CAGCCAAGCAUAUUCAGAUCCGCUCCGCUCCGCUCCAUGCGGCGGAGCCUCCCUUUCUUCGCCUUCUGCGGGAGCCUGGCCUUCUGCGGCUCACGGCCCGUGCCGACCGGUCGUGGACCGUGGUCCCGGGGCGCACGGAUGGAGCGCUUGGAGCGAUUGGACCAACGCCUGAGUCGGCCGGUCUUUCAGAUGAAGCUCCCCGAUUGGCUGGAGCUUUUGCUCUCCGUUCCUGGUGCUUUCAUGGGCUUUCCUCACGCCUUUUUCGGCCCCACGCCCCUCCUGUUGGCUGCUUUAGCCACGCAGACGCUGGCCGCCUGGGUGGCCUGUGUGGCCUUGCUGGCUUUCGGCUUAGGCAGCUUCUAUGGCGGUCUGGCCGGCUGGGGCGACUUCACCAAACUCACCAAGCUGGUGAUCUUCUUGAUGCCCAGUCUUUGUGUAUAUUUGUCCUCCCACUUGCCGCCUCCCGGCCCUGCCAUCAGCACCAUCAGCCUGAUCUGCGCUGCGCUCUGCGUCGCUUGUGCCGUGCCUUUGAAGGCGUUGAGCGACCGACGGCGGCCGGCCGUGCGCUGGGGCCAAGAAGCCCAGCGCGCCACGUUGUUGGCACCGUACAUCAAGGCCAUGUGCAAGGGUGGUCAAAGUCGAGAAGCCUGGCCUUCCUCAGAUGCUGCGGUGAUGGCAGCCAAUACUUCUGGGCGGAGUCAGAUGCAGUCAAAACUUCGAAACCAAAAGAGAAAGAGCUUGGUAUACCAUGACAAGGCCACCAAAGAAAAGGCAAUCCUCCUUUGGAACGUCCUGAAAACCUCCAGUCUCUCCUCGUCCCUCGCGGUGGCGCUGAGCGUCAGCGUCUUUGCCUUGGCGUGCUUCGGACGGAUGUACUUCUGGGCUCACCAUCUCUUCGAUGUCCUCUCGGGAGGCCUGCUGGGCAGCUUGAUCGUGCUUGGUGCGCUGCACUUCCGUUGGUGUUCCAGCUGGCAUUUUCUGCUCUCCUUUGUGCUCUUCCUCCUUUCGGUGGCCUUCAUGCAAAAGCGCACACGGAUCUUCGACCAACCUAGUGAGACGAAGGUGUGAGCGAGCAGAAAAA